CAUAAUCAUCAGCAACAAUAUCAAUAUAUUCAUCAAUCCGACAUUCCUAACAACACUGUUACUAUUACUCCUGACAACAAUUAUCAACAAUCCAUGUCCAACAAUAACGUUAAUAUUUCUACUGAUAAUAAUCAUCACGUUUCAAACAAUAUUCCUCAUAAUAACAUUCAGCAGCAAUCCACGUUCAAUAACGUUUCACCUCCGCAACAAAAUCAACCUAGUGAUUCAUCUCAAUCUAAUAUCCUUCCUUUGCUUAAUUCGUUUGGUAUUAAUAUUAGUUCUCCUCAGGCGACUAUUAUUAUUAUGCCUACAACUAAUUCGGAUAUUCAAAAUCAGCUUCAGCAAGUUCUUGCUUAUUUGAAUCGUUAGUAAAGUUAUUACUGUCGCGGUAGAAAUACAUAGUAUGAC